GUCCGUGUCUUUCUACAGGAGUAUGUGAUUGCCCUUAUGGUUGGACUGGAGAUAGUUGUGAAUUUGCUAUCUGUUUCAAUGUUGCUGCUAAUGAUGCUUCAGUUUGUGGUGGAAAGGGAUCUUGUAUUGAUAUUGAUAGAUGCCAGUGUAAUGCAGGAUAUAGUGGAACUAAAUGCUCUGAUUAUUCAUGUUUUGGAGUGCGAUCCAAUUCAACAACAGUUUGUUCUUCACAUGGUGUUUGUCUUUCUCCAGAUAAAUGUCAAUGUGCUUUGACUCUGGAAAAAGGAUUUUGGAACGGACAACAGUGUGAUUCUUGUAAACUACCUUAUACAGGAGUUAAAUGUAAUACCAUUCCCCAAACUGACAAAUGUCAAGACGAUGUUACUUGCUUUGGGCAUGGUAAAUGUAACUCAAAAGGAAGCUGCGUUUGUACUGGAAACUUUUAUGGAACCAACUGUAAUGGUUGUAAAACUGGAUACUAUGGUUAUGAUUGUAAUGUUUAUUGCGAUCCAAAAAUCACAUGUUCUGGAAAUGGAUAUUGUGACAGUAUAUUAGGAGGUGUUUGUACAUGUAACAAUAACCUAUCAAAUGGUUAUUUCACUGGAACUAAUUGUAACAAGUGUCAAUCUGGUUACUAUGGAAAGAAAUGUUCAACUCAAAUAUUGGGACCUCCUAUAGUAUCAAAUCUUGGCAAUAGCAUGACCCUCACAAUAACUGGAGUCUACAGCAAACAAAAUAUUCCAUGUAGUAGAAUUUUGACAACUCCAUCAGUGGAAAGAACAACCGUUGUGGAGAAUUUGUUAUUGAAUUUGGAGAUGCUUACGAUAUUUCUCCAGGAGAAUCAACAAUCCUAUUUAGAACUGACAUGUUAG